AUGGAAGGCGCAGGACAAGAAGGAAGUGGAGCGCCCGGAGUAGGAGGUGCUGCACCUCAAGGACCACGACCAUCCAAUAAACGACUUCAGCAAACUCAAGCGCAAGUCGAUGAGGUCGUUGGUAUUAUGAAGGUAAGUAAAGACGUCGUUCGUGCAUUCAUUGAAUUGAUUCACCAACCAACAGUAAUUCUUCUCAUCGAACAACAUCAUGCAGUGUGCAAACUCGAAAUGUACACUCAUGGUUUAAUUGAAUGA